GACGAUCUGCGCUUCGAGAUCUUCUUCAAGCGGCGCCUGAUGAACCUGAUGUACGAUUUAGAGGAGGAGGGCUUGGACUGGGACCUGAUUUACAUCGGGAGGAAGAGGAUGCAGGUGGAGCAUCCCGAGAAGUCGGUGCCGCACGUGAGGAAUUUGGUGGAGGCCGAUUAUUCCUACUGGACUUUGGCCUACGUCGUUUCGCUGCGGGGAGCUCGCAAGCUGCUGGCGGCCGAGCCGCUCUCCAAAAUGCUGCCUGUCGAUGAGUUUCUUCCCGUCAUGUUCAACAAACAUCCCGUCUCCGACUACAUGAAGCACUUCAAGAACCGCAACCUGCUGGCCUUUUCUGUGGAGCCGCUGCUGGUUUAUCCCACCCACUACACCGGCGACGACGGCUACAUCAGCGACACGGAGACGUCGGUGGUGUGGGACAACGAGAAGAUCAAGACGGACUGGGAUCGGGCCAAGUCCCAGAAGAUGAAAGAGCAGCAGGAGCUGCGCCGAGAGGCCAAGAACUCGGACGUGCUGCAGUCCCCCCUUGACAGCACGGCAAGGGAUGAGCUAUGACCUCCAUGUCACCUCCAUGUGGGGCUUUUGUCAUCUCCAUGUGGGGCCUCGGCCAACAUUUCAGCUUUGGUCACCAUUUGGGGCCUUGGCUGCCAUUUUGGGGCUUGGCGAGAGCCGCCAUUUUGAGGCUUUGGCUGCCAUUUUGGGGUCCUGGCCAAACCUCUUUUGGGGCUUUAGCCAACAUUUCACUUUUCAUCACCAUCUGGGGCCUUGGCCGCCAUUUUGGGGCUUGGUAAGAGCCACCAUUUUGAGGCUUUGGUUGACACUUUGGGGCCUCGGCCAUCAUUUCACCUUCAGUCACCGUUUGGGGCCUUGGCUGCCAAUAUGGGGCUUGGCGAGAGCCGCCAUUUUGAGGCUUUGGCUGCCAUUUUGGGGCCCUGGCCAAACCUCUUUUGGGGCUUUAGCCAACAUUUCACUUUUCAUCGCCAUCUGGGGCCUUGGCUGCUAUUUUGGGGCUUGGCAGGAGCCGCCAUUUUGGGGCCUUGGUUGACAUUUUGGGGUCUUGGCCAAACUUCUUUCAGGGCUUUAGUCCACAUUUCACCUUCGGUCACCAUUUGGGGCCUGGGCCGCCAUUUUGGGCCUUGUCCAAAGCUUUUUCAGGGCCUCGUUCACUUUCAGUUUGGCUCCUUUGGGCCUUGGCCGCCAUCUUGGGCCGUGAGCAGCAGGCAGGGCUCACAGUGCUCCUGGGCCGAGGCCCUGCUGCGUUGUCAACCAAAGCUCUGCGGUUGUUCCGUUUAGUUUGGGUUGGUUUUUUUUAAGGAAAAAAAAAAAAAAAAAAAAAGUUAUU